GUCGCUAGUGGUGGCGACUGGUACGAAAGCCAUCCGCCUGAAUCAAUGCUUUGCGCUAUUAUCCGGACGAAGGUUCUUCUGUCCGUGCCUUACUGAAACUACCCAGUUCCCGUGGCACUCCUUAACCAAGGCGUCUACCUAGCUCAUUUUUUUAGCUGCUGCGUGCCAAUUCUCUUGUUUCACAGCAACCCACUGUCUCAAACGUUGUCUGUUAUUUGGUUCGAGAACUAACACUUGGUUGUCUUUUAUCUACCAUGGCUACCUUCUAUCAGAUCGUUCUCGCUUUAACAGCUCUCAUCUUUCUCGGAACGUUGCACUCAGCCAACUGCAUUCAUUGCUGGGACUGCAACUCGGCAUAUGACCCGAGAUGCGGAGACCCGUUCGAUAAUCAUUCCAUAGCAAUGGUUGACUGUAGCCAAAUGUCCUAUCCGCAUUUAAGUGUAAAAGAGGCUAGCCUAUGCAGGAAAAGCACUCAAUUAGUAAACGGAAAAUUGCGUGUGGUCCGCAGUUGUGGUUGGCUCAACUCAUCCCACGAAGACGACGGCAAAAGCUGUUUCCAGCGGUCUGGUUCUCAGGACGUCUAUCUCACUCACUGUACGUGCUUCACUGAUGGAUGCAACGGAUCCCCCUCUUUGAUGCCCACCUUCGUUCUAACAAUCCCCGUCCUGUUAACCGUUCUGCUCUUUUCAGCUCCAGUCAAUCCUUUCUGUUGAUACAAUCCCACUUGUUAUUUGCAAAUGACUCGUAGUUACAAUAAGAUAAACCAUAUAUAUUAGAGUGUAUUCACGGUACGUGCUACCGAAGAGAUUACCUGGUCAAGAAGCCAUUCGUUAACAAGGAAAAA